GUUUGAGAAGUCUUGCCCAUUCUAUAAAUCGACACACCAAUCGGCGCGGCGAGGCAUCGCGGUUUGCACACUCCUCCACCACAAACGGCGGCGGGUUUCCUCUUCAUUUCGUUCUUCUCAAUUCAGGAUCGUUUAAAUUCGGAUCGCUCGUUCAGUUCCUGAAGAUCAGUGGUUCUAACUGCUUGAACCUCCUCAAGUUUCACCGAGAUCUGACGGGUUACGUUCGUGUGUUUGUUUGACUAAAAUAUUAAUAUCAAUUUUGAAGAAAAGAAGCUGAGAGAAGUUACAGUCCGUUCCGUUUCGGUAAUUUGGGGUUAAGAGAAAUAUGUCGGCGGUUUCUGGAUCGGGGAUUCAGGUUAAAGGCAGCGGCAGCGGCUGUGGUGGUGGCGGUGGCGUUGGAGGUUUGGUGAAGCCGAAAUGCGCCCGGAGCCACCAGCUGAAUGCUGUGUCGGCUUUAAGCGGUAAGGCUGGGGUUUCUCGGGGAUUUGUGGGUAGGCCGAGGAAGGUGAACUUGUACAAUAGAUUUGUUCACGGCGCGAGGCUGCGGAGCGCUGGUGCAGCUACUGGCUCGGAUUUCUCCUCGGGAUUGCAGAGUUUGCAUUUCUGGCGUACGGACGGGCCGGGCCGGGCUCCGAAGCUGAAGGCGGUGGUGAAGAAUGCUUUCUCGCAGGUCCCCGAGAAGCCGGUAGGGCUUUACGACCCAUCAUACGACAAGGAUUCGUGUGGUGUGGGGUUUGUGGCGGAGCUUUCUGGAGAGAGCAGCCGGAAAACGGUUACCGAUGCUAUAGAGAUGUUGGUGCGCAUGGCGCACAGAGGGGCGUGUGGUUGUGAGACAAACACUGGAGAUGGAGCUGGAAUACUCGUGGGCCUUCCGCACGAUUUUUUCAAAGAAGCUGCUAAAGCGUCUGGUUUUGAGCUGCCCCCACCCGGAGAGUAUGCAGUCGGCAUGUUUUUCUUGCCGAUUUCGGAGUCUCGGAGGGAGCAGAGUAAAUCUGUAUUUGCUAAGGUGGCUGAGUCACUUGGCCAUACAGUUCUUGGAUGGCGUCCUGUCCCUACUGAUAAUUCAGGUUUGGGACAGUCUGCCAUUGAAACAGAACCAAUCAUUGAGCAAGUGUUUCUCACACCAAGUCCGAGGUCAAAGGCUGAUUUAGAGCAACAGAUGUACAUUUUAAGGAGGGUAGCAAUGGUGGCUAUCCGAGCUGCAUUGAACCUUCAGCACGGUGCAGUGAAAGACUUCUAUAUUUGUUCGCUUUCAUCAAGGACUGUUGUCUACAAGGGUCAGUUGAAGCCCAAUCAAUUGAAGGAGUACUACUUUGCAGAUCUUGGUGAUGAAAGGUUUACGAGCUACAUGGCCCUGGUCCACUCCAGAUUUUCGACAAACACAUUUCCUAGCUGGGAUCGGGCUCAGCCCAUGCGUGUGCUGGGGCAUAAUGGAGAAAUAAAUACGCUAAGGGGUAACGUCAAUUGGAUGAAGGCUCGAGAGGGUCUCCUAAAAUGCAAGAAACUUGGCCUUUCUAAGGCCGAAAUGAAGAAGCUGCUGCCAAUUGUGGAUGUCAGCUCGUCUGAUUCAGGUGCAUUUGACGGUGUGCUUGAGCUAUUAGUUAGAGCUGGCAGACCUCUCCCUGAAGCCAUGAUGAUGAUGAUUCCAGAAGCGUGGCAGAAUGAUAAGAACAUGGAUCCUCAACGAAAGGCUUUAUAUGAAUAUUUUUCUGCUCUGAUGGAACCAUGGGAUGGACCUGCUCUUAUAUCCUUUACCGAUGGACGAUACCUGGGAGCUACAUUGGAUCGGAAUGGAUUACGCCCUGGCCGCUUUUACAUAACACACAGUGGCAGGGUUAUCAUGGCAAGCGAAGUAGGUGUUGUUGAUGUUCCCCCGGAAGAUGUAUCCAGGAAAGGAAGAUUAAAUCCUGGUAUGAUGCUUCUUGUGGACUUUGAGAAGCAUGUUGUUGUAGAUGACGAAGCCUUGAAGCAACAAUAUUCACUAGCAAGACCCUAUGAAGAGUGGCUCCAGAGGCAAAAGCUCCAGUUGAAAGACAUCGUUGACUCUGUUAGGGAUUCUGAUAGGAUACCUCCUUCUAUAGCCGGUGUUUUGGAUGCAUCUGCUGAAGAUGAAAAUAUGGAGAACAUGGGAAUUCAUGGAUUGUUGUCACCAUUAAAGGCAUUUGGCUACACUGUUGAGUCCUUGGAGAUGCUGUUGCUCCCUAUGGCAAAAGAUGGCAUGGAGGCCCUAGGUUCGAUGGGAAAUGAUGCUCCUCUGGCAGUGAUGUCGAACAGAGAAAAACUAACAUUCGAAUAUUUCAAACAGCUGUUCGCUCAAGUCACAAACCCUCCUAUUGAUCCUAUACGGGAGAAGAUUGUUACUUCCAUGGAAUGCAUGAUUGGCCCGGAAGGAGAUCUUACAGAGACCACAGCAGAACAGUGCCACCGGUUGUCACUUAAAGGACCUUUGCUCUCCAUUGAAGAAAUGGAAGCAAUGAAAAAGAUGAACUACCGGGGCUGGCGAAGCAAAGUUGUUGAUAUUACCUACUCAAAGGAUCUUGGUAGGAAGGGAUUGGAGAAGACUUUAGACAGAAUAUGUAAUGAAGCACAUGAUGCAAUCCAGGAAGGUUAUACUACACUAGUGCUCUCUGAUAGAGCCUUCUCGUCAAAGCGUGUUGCAGUCAGCUCCCUCCUGGCUGUUGGUGCUGUACACCAUCAUCUUGUGAAUAAUCUGGAGCGAACUCGUGUUGCACUGAUUGUUGAAUCUGCGGAACCUCGUGAAGUGCAUCAUUUCUGUACACUUGUAGGAUUUGGUGCGGAUGCUAUCUGCCCGUAUUUGGCAGUUGAAGCCAUUUGGAGAUUGCAAGUUGAUGGAAAAAUUCCACCUAAAGCAGCAGGUGAAUUCCACACAAAGGAGGAGCUUGUGAAAAAAUAUUUUAAAGCUAGCAACUAUGGAAUGAUGAAAGUCCUUGCCAAAAUGGGUAUCUCAACUUUGGCAUCGUACAAGGGAGCGCAGAUCUUUGAGGCUGUGGGUCUUUCUUCAGAGGUGAUGGAGCGGUGCUUCAAGGGAACUCCGAGUAGAGUGGAGGGUGCCACUUUUGAAAAUCUUGCAGAAGAUGCAUUUAACCUGCAUGAGCUGGCUUUCCCAACCCGUGCCUUGCCACUUGGUAGCGCCGAGGCUGUUGCACUCCCAAAUCCUGGAGAGUAUCACUGGAGAAAAGGUGGUGAAGUCCAUCUUAAUGAUCCCCUGGCCAUUGCAAAGUUACAAGAUGCUGCCAGAUCCAACAGUGUAGCAGCGUACAAAGAGUACUCUAAGCGUAUCCAGGAGUUAAAUAAGUCCUGCAACUUGAGAGGACUAAUGCGAUUUAAAGAGGCUGAAGUAAAGAUUCCUUUGGAUGAAGUCGAACCGGCAAGUGAGAUUGUAAAACGCUUUUGUACUGGUGCCAUGAGUUAUGGUUCGAUAUCGCUGGAAGCACAUACAACUCUUGCCAUGGCAAUGAACAAAAUUGGGGGCAAGUCAAACACUGGUGAGGGAGGCGAGCAACCAUCCCGCAUGGAGCCUCUUCCUGAUGGUUCAAGAAAUCCAAAGAGGAGUGCUAUUAAACAGGUUGCCAGUGGAAGAUUCGGAGUUUCUAGCUAUUAUCUUACAAAUGCAGAUGAGUUACAGAUAAAAAUGGCUCAGGGAGCAAAACCUGGUGAAGGGGGUGAACUUCCAGGACACAAGGUCAUUGGUGAUAUUGCUGUGACUAGGAAUUCAACAGCUGGAGUGGGGCUCAUUAGUCCUCCUCCCCAUCAUGACAUCUAUUCGAUUGAAGAUCUCGCACAAUUGAUUCACGACCUCAAGAAUGCCAAUCCGGAUGCUCGUGUAAGUGUGAAAUUGGUUUCUGAAGCUGGCGUUGGAGUGAUAGCUGCAGGUGUUGUCAAGGGUCACGCCGAUCAUGUCUUGAUCUCUGGUCACGAUGGAGGUACAGGAGCUGCAAGAUGGACUGGAAUAAAGAAUGCCGGUCUUCCAUGGGAGCUCGGUCUUGCAGAGACCCACCAAACCUUGGUUGCUAAUGAUCUUCGUGGUCGGACUGUCCUUCAAACUGAUGGGCAACUGAAAACUGGAAGAGAUGUCGCCAUUGCUGCUCUGCUUGGUGCAGAGGAGUUUGGUUUUAGCACUGCUCCUCUUAUUACACUCGGCUGCAUCAUGAUGCGGAAAUGUCACAAAAAUACAUGCCCUGUUGGUAUUGCAACUCAAGAUCCAGUUCUCAGGGCAAAAUUUGCCGGUGAGCCAGAGCACGUCAUCAAUUUCUUCUUCAUGUUGGCCGAAGAAGUCAGGGAAAUCAUGUCUCAACUUGGGUUUCGAACACUGAACGAAAUGGUCGGUAGGUCAGACAUGCUUGAACUGGAUUAUGAAGUGGCCAAUAAUAACGAGAAGCUCAAGCACAUUGAUUUAUCCCUAUUGCUUCGACCGGCUGCUGAUAUCAGACCCAAUGCUGCGCAAUACUGUGUGCAGAAACAGGAUCACGGUUUGGAUAUGGCUUUGGAUAACAAACUGAUAUCUUUAGCUAAGCCUGCCUUGGAUAAGGGUCUUCCAGUGUACAUCGAAUCGCUCAUCUGCAAUGUAAAUCGAGCUGUUGGAACUAUGUUAAGCCACAACGUGACGAAACGCUACCAUCUGGCAGGACUUCCUUCGGACACAAUCCAUUUAAAGCUCAGCGGAAGUGCUGGACAGAGCCUUGGCGCGUUUCUGUGCCCCGGCAUCACAUUGGAGCUUGAAGGAGACAGCAACGAUUAUGUUGGGAAAGGUUUAUCCGGAGGUAAAAUAAUUGUUUACCCCCCUAGAGGCAGCAAAUUUGAUCCGAAAGAGAACAUUGUCAUUGGAAAUGUAGCACUUUAUGGGUCCACAAGCGGAGAGGCGUAUUUCAACGGAAUGGCUGCGGAAAGAUUUGCAGUUCGUAAUUCCGGGGCUAAAGCUGUUGUGGAAGGUGUGGGCGAUCAUGGAUGCGAGUACAUGACUGGCGGAACUGUCGUCGUACUUGGCAGGACUGGAAGAAACUUUGCAGCUGGGAUGAGUGGAGGCAUUGCUUAUGUUCUUGAUGUUGAUUCCACUUUCCGAUCGCGAUGCAAUGCGGAGUUGGUCGAUCUUGAUCCGGUUGAAGAGGAGGAUGACAUUAUGACGCUCCGAAUGAUGAUUCAGCAGCAUCAGCGCCACACGGGAAGCCUACUAGCUAAAGAAGUGCUCGCCGAUUUUGACUCUCUGUUACCAAGAUUCAUCAAGGUCUUCCCUCGCGACUACAAGCGCAUUCUGGCGAGCAAGAAAACCGUGGAAGCAGCCGCGAAAAAGGCCGCAAAAGAAGCGGAUGUGAAAGAAGAGGAAGUGUUAUUGGAAAAGGACGCUUUCGAAGAGCUCAAGAAAAUGGCUGCUGCGACUGCUAAUAACAAUCCAACUCGGGUUGAACAAGGUGAGCAGGUAAAGAGACCUACACAAGAUGAGCCAUUAAAGAGACCUUCCAAGGUUGAUGAUGCUGUCAAGCAUCGGGGCUUCGUAGCUUAUGAGCGAGAAGGCGUUUCAUACAGGGAUCCAAACGCUCGGAUCAAUGACUGGAAUGAAGUUAUGGAAGAGUCUAAACCUGGGCCACUGUUGAAAACCCAGUCUGCUCGGUGUAUGGAUUGUGGUACGCCAUUUUGUCAUCAGGAGAACUCGGGAUGCCCUCUCGGGAACAAGAUACCCGAAUUCAACGAGUUGGUUUAUCAGAACAGAUGGCGCGAAGCGUUGGACAGACUUUUGGAGACGAACAACUUCCCUGAGUUUACAGGCCGCGUUUGCCCUGCUCCUUGUGAAGGUUCUUGCGUACUCGGCAUCAUAGAAAAUCCCGUCUCUAUCAAGAGUAUCGAGUGUUCCAUCAUUGAUAAAGCUUUCGAGGAAGGCUGGAUGGUGCCACGACCCCCUGCCAAGAGAACCGGGAGAAGUGUCGCUGUUAUCGGAAGUGGCCCUGCCGGCUUGGCUGCUGCCGAUCAGCUAAACAAAAUGGGUCAUGCCGUGACAGUGUUUGAGCGUGCCGACAGAAUUGGCGGUCUAAUGAUGUACGGCGUGCCAAACAUGAAGGCCGAUAAAGUCGAUAUAGUGCAGAGACGGGUCGACCUCAUGGAAAAGGAAGGAGUCAAAUUUGUCGUCAAUGCUAACGUUGGAAAAGACCCUUCGUAUUCGCUCAAUCAGCUUCGUGAGGAUCACGAUGCCAUUGUUUUGGCCGUAGGCGCCACAAAACCGAGGGAUCUCCCUGUUCCGGGACGAGACCUCUCCGGAGUCCACUUCGCCAUGGAAUUCCUACACGCCAACACGAAAAGUUUGCUCGACAGCAACCUUCAGGACGGUAAGUACAUUUCGGCUAAGGGCAAGAAAGUCGUCGUGAUAGGCGGAGGUGACACCGGCACGGACUGCAUCGGCACAUCGAUUAGACACGGCUGCAGUAACAUCGUAAACCUCGAGCUUCUUCCCGAGCCGCCACGGACGAGAGCUCCCAACAACCCGUGGCCUCAGUGGCCUCGUGUAUUCCGUGUGGACUACGGACACCAAGAAGCUGCGACCAAAUUCGGUAAGGAUCCGAGAUCGUACGAAGUGCUGACAAAGCGCUUCAUAGGAGAUGAGAACGGCGUCGUCAAGGGGGUCGAGGUUGUCCAUGUCAGUUGGGAGAAGGAUGCCAGCGGGAAAUUCCAAUUCAAGGAAGUCGAAGGUUCUGCGGAAAUUAUCGAGGCGGAUCUGGUGCUGCUGGCGAUGGGAUUCCUCGGCCCGGAACAGACGCUGGCGGAGAAACUGGGAUUGGAGCAAGAUGCGCGGUCGAACUUCAAGGCGGAGUACGGGCGAUUCUCGACGAAUGUGGAAGGGGUGUUUGCUGCGGGGGAUUGCCGGAGGGGACAAUCGCUGGUGGUGUGGGCGAUAUCAGAGGGAAGACAGGCGGCGGCACAAGUCGACAAGUAUCUGAUGGCGGCGGAGGGCGGUGAUGCGGCGGCGGAAUGUGUUGAGAGCCAACAGGACAGCAAUAGGGAGAGAGUGAUGACAUGAAAUGAAAUUAAAGAAGGUAUGCUCUGUCUGAAUUUGAAUUAGCUUUAGCUGCCUUGCCUUGUGUGUUCACUUGUUUGUUUGUUGAAAGAGAGAGGGAACGAAGGAGGAUUUAGGAUUUGUUUCGUUAUGCAUUUGUUUUUUCUCUGUUCGUUCUAAAUAAGAAAUAUUGGUAAAUGGUAAUGACUAUGGUGGUUGGUACCUAGUAAUAAUAAUGUACAGUGUUUAGCGUG